AUGUUGGCGAGACCAGUCCUGCCAGGAACCAGCCGCGAAGAAGAUACCGCUAGAUUUACGCUCCUUGUUCUUGACGGAAUCAAGCCAAGAAUCCAAGAUCUCGAUCGACCUGCUCAAGACCAGAAAUGGAGGUACAGAUGGCCGCACAAGGCCCCAAAUCGAAGGGACACGGCAGCGCGCCGUCUGACUCUCACCACGGCGGCGGAGCCAUCGAGAAGCUCAUCCCCGGCUACCUCAGGCCGUCGGCCGGCUCCUGCCACCACGGUCUGCAAGUACGGCGGCACGCACACGUUCGAGGAUCACAAGGAGGCGCACAGGCCCCAGCCGAGGCCGCCUCGGAAGCAGCCGCUGGGUUCGGCUCCGGCUCCGGCUCCAGAGAGCCACAACCACAGCAGGGUGCUCGUCAAGGUGUGGUCGGUGUUCCGGAGGCCUGUCGGGGACUCCACCACAGCUACUCAGAAACCUUCCAAGGCGGCCGCUGGCAAGGCCAAGGCCGCCAAGGGGGCCGAGAGCGUGGAGUGGAAGGACAUUGUGGCCUAUGAUACGGUGGUUCCACCUCAUCGAUCGUCCCCGCAGCCUGAUAAAUCCUCAGCUCAGGUCACCGGCUCCGGCGGCGACGCCAAGAAGAAGGAUGUGAUGAAGAAGGGGAAGAAGUCGUACGUCAAGGCCAAGGUCCACGAACAAGUGGAAGGCGUAGAAGGUCGUCAGAAUGAGCCAUUGGGCACCGACACCAACACUGACUCUAAGAGUGUAAGACCUCCAAAGGCCAAGAACAAACCUGCGGCGUUGCUCGUCGAAAACAUGGGUAUUGAUCAAGAGACGCUUCAAGGGUACCAAAUUCUGUCCCCUUCUCUAGCACAAAGUCGCGCAAACCUUUUGCGCGACCUUGAAAAGGAGAUGAUGGCUGAAGAACCUGCCAAUGUGAAGCAAGAAAGCACACCGUUAACAUACUCUCUGGAUCCAGAAGAGUACGCUGCCGCUACAGAAUCAAGCAGGCCCAUCCCGGCCCACCGGAGGGUGCAGAGCAUGAGCAUGAGCAUCAGCAGCAGGUCCGUGCGGUACCCGUUCGCGCGGCAAGCGAGCAAGAACUCAGGCACCGCCUUCAAGUUGCGGUCCAGGAGCACCAGGGCGCCAGCAGUCCUGCCACCGAAGGAGGAGAAGCCGGCGAGGCUGAGGUCCAGGAGAGGCGAGGAUCCUUCUUCGGCCACCGCUGGAAGAGGCAUCCAUCUCAGGAUCCGGAGCCUCCGGAGGCGCGGCGUCGGUGGCUCCGGUGACGCGGGCACCAGCGGCUUCAUCGUGCCGGCGGUGGCGCUCAGGCAUCAGAAGACGCUGGAGAAGAAGAAGAGCCAGAGGCUGUACAACAGCCACAUCGAGGAGACGGCCACCAGGCUCGUCAAGACGAGGAAGAGCAGGGUGAAGGCCCUGGUUGGGGCCUUUGAGUCCGUCAUCUCCAACAUUGCAAAGUAG